AGGGGGGCAAAAUAUGGGAGCGUAAGGAGGGGCAUGAAAAAUUGUGUUCCUCUCCUGAAGGGGAGGUCAGGUAAUUUUAUCCCUUACUUGUGUCAAAAUCCUCACGCUCCCCCCCUCCCCUCGGAAUAAUAAAUGAACUUUCCCUUACUCAAUCCUUAGUAGUGUAUAACAUCUUUGAUGGAUGGUUGGUUGAGUUGCGCUUGUAAAACGUCCAGUGCCGCAAAUCGCGCAAAGUUGCUGUAAAUCGUAAAUGUCAGCAAAAAUAAUGAUUUGAGCAGAUGGUUGACUAUAUCACUGUUUUUGCAAUAGCAAAAUUGCGAUAUAUCUUAGAGGGAAAUUAUUUGAAUGGCAGGGUAUUAAUUUCCCUAUAAAGGGAUAUCGUGGCUCUUCAACAAUAGGAUGACGACACGAAAGUGAAAGAGGAAAUAUCUUUAUAAAGCACGUUACCAAAACAUAACAUGAAAAUUAGAGAUAAUAAUAAGCCGAGAUGCGGAACAUCACGUCUGCACAAAAUUUGGAAAGCAAACUUUGUUACGCUGAGAAGAGGUCACGGUUUUUAUAAAUAAGGGUUUUAAGCAGGUCAAAGGAAAAUUUUUCUUUGUGCCACAAAAAAUUUUCCGGAAUGUUUCUGACUGGAAAGAAGAAAUGUUUGUUUAUUUUGAAUGUAAACGUAGUAGUGUUGACCCCGGCAUUACCUGGUUUUUCGAGAUGUGCGCAUUGACUUCAUGUUGUUUCUGUGUUACGACAUUAGUGCAGUCCUUCUAAGGAACUGACCACUUUAAAAAAGUUCCUGCAGGCCAAUUUUACAAGAAAAAAAAAUCGUGCACCACAAAUGCAACAACAAAAUAUUCCACCCCUGUACAUAAAAAUCCUUGCCCAAUAGCAAGAGAAAAAAAAAUCCUAACUGAUUGACCGAGCUAUUAAUUGUCUAUUAAUGAUGGACGGUGUGUUUCGAAAUGCACGGGAAAAAGAAAAUGGCGGCUUAAACGCGAUUUGCCGAAGUUAGCAGCAUUCAACGAACUUAAAUAGUGCUACCAACGAAAACAACAACAAAGGCAACCAGAUAUGGAAUGAGGAUUUUCAACGGUAAGAAAACAACUAAUCGAUUUGUUUUAUGCUUCGGUUCGACAAAAGGAUGGCGCUGAACUCCUAGUCGACUCAAUGCAAUCAAUACGAGCUGCCAAUGAAUGUCAAUGAAAAACAACCGCAGAUUUAGAACAACCAUUUUUAAUUGUCGCUAUUCUUUCGUCUUAGAACCAUCCGGUGAAUUUUAAAACAAUAAAAAAAAAUUAGCCUACCUGUAGGCUUUGUUAGUUUUUCCGGCACAAAAAGUUCGCAUUAUCCAAGAUGGCGGCCGGGUUAUGCGAACCCGUGUUUUCGGGGUUUUCGUGCCAGAAAAAAGUUUACAGUUAUGCACCAGUUAAUUGAAACCACGGCACCCCGACCCCCGGGACAGAGCGGGGAAAUUAACAUUCAUGUGGUGUGAAAUUUGCGUUACUUUCCCGGAUACCGGGGCCUGUGACGGCGUUAAACCCCAGAUACAUGGCCCUGGUGUUUUCCGAUAACGUCCCAUUAUCGAAAGCCAUACCCUCCUUUGAGCUGCCCUGUUCAGUGAACAAAACUUCGGCGGGAAAAAGCGUUUGCAUACUACACCCACUUCCGCGCCCUCUCUAGUAUUUUCACCACAGGCUACCCCAAAUUAAAAAAUCAACAGACAUCGAUAGAGAGUAAACUUUAUUUUUUUUCAGUCUACUGGUUACGUUAUAAAGACUUUAUAACAUUAUUUAGUUAGUGUGCACACAAAGUUACGUAUUCCUUUUAGAUUCUGCCGAAAAAUAUAUUUUAGCACAACUUCAAUUAAGCAUUUUUCUGAAUAAUUUCUACGUCGUAUUUUUGUAAGGGCAACUAGAUGAAUAUUAUCUACCGAAAAGAGUUUGAUUAGAAAACCCGGUCAAGUUACAGGUAACGCAAGUAUAAGGUUAGUGGACUGCAAUGUACUAUAGAAAGAAAGGGCUUCUGAUAUAGGGGUUUUUAUACUUCAAAAUUUAUAAUAAAAAAUAUCAAUAAAAUUGCACGAAACUCAUCGCGUGGUUAGCCUGUGAUGUCCUUGAUGAUGUGAAGUUUAUAUAUAUUAGAAGCCUUAGACCACUAACAUUAUGCUUGGGCUACCUGUGGUUUUCUCACAUCAUAGUCACUUGGUUAGACCAAAAUCCAUGGAGAUGGAGUUAAGAAAAGUCAAGGUAUGUGGCAAAUAUAACCUGCAUUGUGUAUUGUGAUGUUUUGCAUUUCGUAUUGUGUAAUGUGAUGUAUAAUAGACAAAUUGUGGUUCUAAAACCGUUUUUCGCCCUAAAUUGAAGCUUUUCAUGUCAAGAAUAUCUCUUUUUUUUAACAUUUUUCUAAAACUGUUUUUCAGGUUUUCUUCUACACCAGAUGGCCGUGAAGGCAAAACUGAUAACUGUUUUACAUUCUUUGCAUUUCUCUUUGUUUUCUCUUCAAAUAUUCUCUGGUCGAUCAUAAAUAAUUAAAAAGAGUUGCAAGGCAGUUGAAUCAAGUGGUGGCUUCCCUUUGGUUUUCAUCUUCCUCGAGAUUUAAGAAAAUGUGGCGAGCAUUUGUUUAUUGUGCAAUGCUACUGGUGUCAGCGGUUGCAUCUUUGGGGCAAGAGCAUUGUGAAUGGAAACAAACUGGUCUAUUCAAGCUGAGGCACAGAGAUCGUGUCCUUGUUGAUCACGUGAUUGCAUCGCACAACGUCACCAAUCCCACCCAUUGUUCCAUGAACUGUUUAUCCAAUGAGCGAUGUGCCUCCUUUAAUUCCAAGAAACAAGACCAGCAAUCAUACAUGUGCGAAUUAAACAGCAAAUCCGCCGCGGAAGCACCCGGUUCCCUGGUGAAUAUGACUGACGGGAACUACUACGACGCAAGUAUUGGAUGUUGUAGCAACCCUUGUGUGGGUAACGCGACUUGUGAGUCCGGAGACGGACCGGAUGAGUACAGAUGCAUCUGUAAGGAUGGCUACAUGGGUAAUGGAACCACGUGCAUCGCUGAAGUAUUCGCGACUGAUUGCCAAGACCUCCAUACCAGGUUCCCCUACCUACCAAGCGGCGUGUACAAAAUUGACCCAAAUGACGGUAGUCAUGACGACGCAUAUUUAGCAUACUGCGAUAUGACGUCAGAGGGCGGUGGCUGGACCAUGUGUUACACAAGCGACGACAAGGCGGACCCAAGAAGGGAAGUGACGUACGAUCCUGCACACCCGUACGGCAUGGAUGGAUAUCGGACCAAUUGUAACCCGUUGGAGUUUAACGAAAUCGUUUUCACCAACGGCGCUGACCAUGCGUGGUUUAAACGACAAGGUGACCUGGCCUUGAAGGUCAAAUCCAGCUACACAAACGAUACAGAUUACGCGGAUGCCAAUGGAUUAUGGGAAGGCAAUGGGGUAGCUUCGACUUCAUACUUAUAUCAACUGCUGCUUUGCGAUGACACAUUUCUGAAGGGGUUCUUUGUCAGUGGUUUCAUUGAAAAUACUUAUAAAAGAUGCAAUAAUUGGUCUGGUGAUAGAUCAUCCAAUUACUAUCGGUUAGCAGCUGCUAAAACCUCUUUUGCCGGGGUCGCUUUCAAUGAAAAUGGUCAUAUUGCCCUUCCGAAUAAACUCAUGAGUGUAGGGCUUAGAAAGAAAUAAAGAGAAAAUGGUCCAAGGAACGUCGAUUAAGCAUAUUUUGUUUGAAAAGGGUAGUUCUUGAUCGACCGGUUUUUUUUCAUCGGCGCUCUUGAAUAUUGAUCAGAAUUUAUCACAUUGUUACUAAUGUACGCGCGCCCUGAUUGGCUAAUACGUCGUCAUGAGUAGUAGCUAAGCUACUACUUGCUUCAAAUCUUAGAACUCUGACUCUUUUAUUUUCAAGUUUCUGCCUGCUAAGUUGAAGCAGCAAUGUAACCAGUUUACUUCCGGUCGAUUACAUAAUAAUGUCCGAUCUCCUAAUCGCGAAAAAAUUUGUAAAAGCAGUGUGUUCCUUUGAGGAUGUGACUGAUUAUUUAGAGCGGACGGUAUAUUCAAUAGUGUGGAUUCUAAUAGAUUAGGAAAGGGUUAUUAUUAACGGGGGAGGGCUGCUAUGUUUGAGGGGAGGGUUGCCAUUUUUUAACUCAGAUUUUGGGGAGGGCCUCAAAUUUUAAUACAUAAUCAAGGGGAGGGCCUUUUUUUUGAACAGGUAUUCUGAUCAAUUUUCGAGCCUCUUAAGAGUCUGGAAAUUAGAUAUUUUCUGGGAAAUACCCCAGACCCCCAACAAAACAGAUAAAUGAAUGUGAUGUACCUUCUGUUUGCACUUUCAUGACUUGCGAUUGGCUGCGCUGAAGAUUAUUGUCCCCUAGAGUGUGGCUUCCAAUUCUUUUUAUCUUUUGCAGUUUUGGUUUUGUCAAUUUCCAGCACUGAAUUUACAAAUUCCAUUCAUGUCAAAGUUCCCCCACCCCCACUAACUUUACAGAUUAGUGGUAUAAAAAGAUAUGUAAAUAAGAUUUCAGUUUGGGAGGAGCUAAUGAUGCUGUUUUCUAUUUAGGUUUUAAAAGUAAUAAGCAUUUCAAAUGAUUAAAAUGGCAAAAAAAAAUCACAGGGUAGCAUACCCACAGACCCCAUACACAAUAGUAUUUACAGCCCUCAACAUAUGUGCUCAAAAUCAACACUUCUCCUGGCUUGGACAGUGCCGCCGCCCCUUCAUGGGCACACCUAAGUCAGUCCCCACUUACCCUCACACACACAAUACUUUGGCCAAAUCGUCUUUCAUUGUUUGUUCAGCACGUCGUCGUGAAGAUUGCUCUUUUGCGGUUAUAGAUAUUGCUAGUGCGCCUGGAAGAACGUGCCGUACGUAGAGCAUCCCAGAGACUAGACAACACGAGUAUCAUUUGAAUAAAGUAGCCAGUACACUUUUUAUAUCUUUUUGUUAUGGGGGAGGGUCACCAUUUUCUCGCUUCAGAUUUGGGGAAGGUCGAAAUUUUUUUUAGCCAGAAUAAUUAGCAGCCCUCCCCCUACCCUGAUAAUCAAUGACCCUUCCCUUAUUUGUUCUAAUGACGGUCGAGGUUUACUCGGGAAGUAAACUGUGCAACCUCUAUGUUGGACUAGCUCGAAGAAAUCAAGUUUUGUAGUAAACACACGUUUUGUACACCCUUUAUAUAGCGAAUACAGCGAAUACCUUUUUUCCUCAAUAGAAUUCCAACUUAAGGUCGCACGAGGCGAGGUGCCGGGCCCACUAGGCCACCCCCCUGGCUACGCCCCUGAAACUGCUAAGUUGGGACAGAUAUUACUUACAUUAACAUUAAAAAUAGAUAUUUUAGCGACAUUUAGCGGAAAAUCCAGUUUUGCAUGUAUUAAGGUAAUCAUACGGUUUCGAGUUCAAUUUGGAAAUUACUUGCACGAGAAAAACUCACGGGUGGAAAUGAUUUUCAAAUUGAAUGAGAAAUUGUAUGAUUACCUUUUUAUAUUAUACAUGGGAAAAUUUUAUUGAAGCAGACACAUUUGUUGCCAAUAUGGCUUUUUCGUCAGACUAAAUGUCUAUUUCUGAUUGGUUUUUACAUUGUAUAUCGAUAAAUUUCAAUCGAUUGAAUGAUCUUUAACAAAUUACAGUCGGAAAGAACACAGUCGUUGGCCACAGCGUGCUGCAGCACUUAACUUUUUCCUGCACUGAAUUGCCUGAAAACUACACUACUCUCAGCCAAUCGAAUCGAAUAAUUUUGCCAUGUAUAUCAUAAUUUUGAAUAAAUCCAUUUCAGAACGAUUCUUUGCAGCGGAGUUAUUUCCCACUGCAGAAAUGAACAUGUCCUUUUUCUUUAUUUUGAAGAAAAUUAUUGGGGCACUUUUAAAAACAUUUGCACAGUCGGGUAGAAGAGCUUUGAAACAAUUGUGAUGGCAUGUCACUGAUUGUUAUGUGAAAAUUUCUUAAUAAAGUAGUCUGCACUGUA